UAUAAAGAUAUUUAAUGAAGGCUUUAAGAUUUAAACAUCUUUUUGGUGAAGAAAUGAAAUCAAAGUUUGAGUAAGUGACUCCAACAAGCAUUACUUGUGACUCAACAAUGGUGAAGGUAAUAUUUAUAAAAAUAUUAAGGCUAAUGGUUUAUACACUGCUCUUCUUUGGUAAACAGGUGGAGGUGGACUUGUCUGUGUGGUAAAAUCUGACAAACCAACUAAGCUUCCUUUUGAUACACCUAUGAUAAAAGGACAUUAAAGUAUUAAAUAAUAUAGAUUAUUCAGGUACAAUAUUGGAUUUGGAUUGGUAUCCUUUUGAUGACGAAUAUUUGGCUACCUCAUCUUAAGAUCAAAACAUAUGUAUUUGGAAAAUCAAUGAUUUGGUAUCUGAUAUCACUGAGGCUGAGACUACAUUAUCUGGACAUGAUAAAAAAGUAUUUUUAUUUAUUAAUUGAUUAGGUAAACUAAAUAUAAUGGAAUCCAACUUCAGCAUGGGUUUUAGGAUCAGCUGCUCAUGAUUAAACUGUUAAAGUUUGGGAUGUUUAAGCUGGUGCUGCUCAAAAUACUGUAUAUGCUAAUGCUUUACCAUAUUCAAUUGAUUGGAAUAUUAAUGGUUCAUUAAUUGGAUCUUCUUGGAAUGAUAAGAAAUUAAAAAUUAUUGAUCCAAGAUAAUCAACCAUAUCCUAAGAAUUAAAUUCCCAUUAAGGUACAAAACCUUAAAGAUUUGCCUGGCUGGGAUCUACUGGAUAUUUUCUUAGUGUUGGAUUUAAUAAAACUUAAGGAAGAGAAUUCUCCUUAUGGAAUUUGAACAAUACAUCAGAACCUGUUCAUACAACUUAAAUUGAUUCAGGUAGUGGAGUACUAUAUCCAUAUUGGGAUGAAUAACUUAAAGUUCUUUAUUUGACAGGUAAGGGAGAUUCUGGCAUUAAAUAUUUUGAAUUUGUUGAUGGUUAAUUACAUUUCUUAAAUCAAUAUACAUCAACUAAACCUGGAAAAAGUUAUUCAUUCUUCCCAAAAAGAGCUUUAGAUGUGAACAAUUGUGAAGUUAAUAGAGCAGCUAAAAUUGAAGAGAAUGCUUUAUCAUUUAUUUCAUUCAUUGCUCCAAGAAAAGCUAAUACAUUUUAAGAAGAUCUUUAUCCUCCAUGUCCAGGAACUUAACCAGCAUAAGUAAAUUCAAUUUCUAUUUAUCAUUUAGUCUGCAGCUCAAUUCUUUUCAGGAUAAAAUGCAAACCAAGUCUUAAUAAGCCUUAGACCAGAUUAAUAAGAACAAUAAUAAUAACAAUAAUAAAAUGUUGUAUUUGUCUAAUAACCAAAACCAUAAUAAUAAUAACAAUAGUAGAUAAUUUAAUCAGAUCCUUAAGACGAAUUAAAAAUAGUAAUUAAUUAUAUUAUUUUAGAGUGAAUUAUAGAGAACUGUUGCAAAUUAAUAAGAGAAAAUUUAACAAUUAUAAAACAUGAUUGCCCUUUUAUAAUCUGAGAAUUAGAGAUUAUAAUAGUAAACAAGUUAAUAAGAAUAAUUAUAAAAUACAAUUGCCCUUUUAUAAUCUGAGAAUGAGAGAUUAUAAUAGCAAUUAAGUUAACAAUAUUGAUCAUUUAUUCAUAAAAAUGCAUUUAAUCAAUAUUAUCUAUAGGCA